AUGUCUAAGGGCAUCUCAUCAUGGCUGAUUGUCCGCCGUCAGCUAACAUGCCGCCCCCAAACCCCUCCAACAUGGCGAACUCCACAUGCUGCAACGUUGUUGAAUCGAUCAGCAGCUCUUUCGGCGUUUCACACGCAAAUCGCAAAGCCUCAGUAUGCAAAGGCAGGGCCAGGAUCGACUAUGGUGCAUCAGGAGCAUGGCUGUCGCUCGCCAACAUCAAUCGGACUGGGCAGUCAGCUGCCUCUCCAUGGUAGUCAUCGGUGCUUCACUCCUUUGAACAUUCUGGAAAGGCAUCGAGCAUCCCUCAAUGCCUCCCAAAAUGCUGCGCGGUGGUUACUUCAAAGUGACCAGUAUAGCAGCGAUAGCGUAAACAGAAGAAAGGAUGUUCAGGGUAGCGGCACAGGACAACCGGAUGGCCACAAACCAGCCACAGGUCUCGACCAAAGCCCAGGAGCUGCAUCCAAGAAAACUCUCGAGCAACCUGGAACCGAGGCAAAAGACCAUGAGCAGGAAUCUAUAGCAGCAUCUAUGUCUAAAUACCUGAAUCUACCCAUGAUGCCUCACCGUCCGACGAAGGAAGAGCUGUUGGCGGCCGCGAAUGGAUUUUGGGAGAGGUUCAAGGUCAGGUUCAAAUGGAUUUCCAUUCGAAGUAUGCGGCCUUGGAACAUCGACGAAUGGGGUGCCUUUGUUUCUUGGUUUAUGCUGGGUCAUAUCGUCUGGAUCCUGGUGGGCACCACAACGUUCUUUUCCAUCCUCAUCUUCUCGAUCAACACUGUCUUUGCUCAGGAAACGCUCGCGCAGUGGAUUGGAGAUUACCUGACUCAAUCCGCUGGUGUUACGGUUGUCUUCGAAUCAGCCAUAGUGCCCAAGUGGAAGAAUGGCGUCAUAGCAUUUCGCAAUGUGUUUAUUUCAAGAAGACCCGGGCAGAUAGAAUCAUCCGUCAGCAAGGGAUCAUCUGAUGCCGCUGCUGUUGCUGCCGCAGGGCGCCAGGUUCAGCAUAACGGCACUGUUACCGAAGACGAUGGCAACUAUACGCAAUACGACGUAACGAUCGCAAACGUCAAUGUCACACUUUCAUUCCUCAACUGGUGGAACGGUAGGGGGCUUCUUAAAGACGUGGAAGUAAAUGGUGUUAGAGGAAUUGUCGAUCGCACUUCUGUCCGUUGGCCACUGCAGCAAGUUGAUCCCCUUUCAUACCGCCACGAACAUCAACCGGGCGAUUUCGAGAUUGAGUCUUUCAAAUUGGAAGAUCUUCUACUCACCAUUCGCCAACCUGAUGGUUUCCGCCCCUUCUCAGUGAGCAUAUACUCCUGCGAACUACCUCGAUUGAGAAAACAGUGGCUCUUUUAUGAUUUCCUAUCGGCCAGCCACAUGUCCGGGUCAUUUGAUGGCUCUCUCUUCACGAUCCAUCCACGACAGGUUCACGGUACGGUCUCAAGCCGAUACCAGGGAGUCAUGAUGGGGCUGGAAGAAUCCAAAUCGUGGAAAAAGUUCAAUCGGCUACGGAUCGAUGGCUUGAAGAUUGACCACCUGAACCGUGGAGUGGAGGGCCCGUUUGGCUGGAUAUAUGAAGGAAACGUUGACAUUGUUGCCGAUGUCAUGUUUCCCGAGGACAUGGACGACAGCAUUACCAAGGUCGUAACAGAUUUCUACGACCAGCUGGAAGGCACAGUCAUUGCUAAUCGUUAUCGCUUUCUGCCUCGAGCCCCUACACCCGAGAAAUUCUCGGAGAGUGAGCGCGCAACGAGCGAGAAGAAGGCUCAGAAACAAGCUGGCGAGUCUGAGGAGGAUAGACGCCUUGUCAUCAUGGACUUGCGAAUUCACCUCAAUGACGUCAAGGCUGCCGUACCUUUAUUCACCCCCGAUCUAUCAUAUGUCAACCAGGCGCUUGUUCGCCCCAUUGUGGCCUAUAUCAAUGCCAAGAAGACGUAUAUUCCCAUCUCCAGCCGCAUCAUCAAGCCGCUAGGCGACUUUGACGGAAGUUGGACAGUCUUUGAUUGCGGGCUCUUGGAUGAUGCAUCCGCCGAGACGUAUGAGGCUUUUGCAAAAGAUGUCGAAGAUCAGCAAAGCCGCGUCAGGCGAUUCCGAAAGGUUGGGUUUUGGACCUUGUCGCUGGCCAUUCAUGCUCUAUUCAUGGGUAUGGCUGGAAAUGUGGUCUAA